AUGACCGUAGGUGGAGGAAUUUCUGUGCCCAUGCUGAUUAAUUCUUGUUUAAAAUCUGUACGAUUUUGGUCUCUUAUAUUAACUAUAUUCACACAAUUCAUGAUCAUCCUCCAUGAAAGAAAUAAAGAAUGUCAAUUUACCGUAUUUUGCGUUAUACAAGCACUCCUUUUUCUAGGUGUGCACAAAAUUCAAUGUCAUAACACGAAAAAAGUCAUUUUGGAUACAACGUUAAACCUAGCUGGUAUGGUAUUUUCCUGGAGAAAAUAUUACUGUUGUAAUGUUAAAACGUUUCUAAUUAUUGAUGAAGCACAAAAAAUGUACACUCCAAUUAAUAGAAGUGAACCUCUUCAUGGCGGCCUUCCCGGUUUAGCUGCUUACACUAUGGAUAAAAUUUAUGAUAAAUUCAUGAAACAUGUGUCUUUAUCAUUUGAAAAAAAAAUUUCUUAUUUAAAUCACAAUUUUUGUGCUGUUGUCGAGCGUAACCAUCAAAAAUUAAAUAUGCACAUUCAUAGCUUACCAGCUUGGUCGUAUCAUGAUAGAGCCAACCCAGAUGUCGGGAACUGCUAUAGAGUAACUAAAGUUACUGAUCGUACGGUGAAAUCGGAAGAUUAUCAACGCAUUUUUAACAUCUAA